AUGACUCCCGUUCUCCUCUUGCUCCUCUUCCUCUCGUUGACGGCCAUUCCUCCAGGUGCGACAACAGACGGAUUUUUGGACACCUCUGAAAUCAUUGAAAGAGCCAAUGCUGACAUAGCAACAAGCCUGACCUACGGCGACAUUGUGCCGAAUAAAAACAGGAACGCGGACCCCUGCACGGCCAGAGGCUGCAAGUGGCCCAAAUCGGGAUCCCACGUCAUAGUGCCCGUCGUUAUCUCCUCCAGAUACAGCAGGAACGAGCAGAUGGUCAUCAUUAAAAGCCUGUUGACCUUCCAAUGGUUCACCUGCAUUCGCUUUGUCUGGAAGGGGCCCAGGCAUAAACAUUACCUCUACUUCUUCCCUGGAACUGGGUGCUGGUCCCACCUGGGCCGUCAGAGCCGAGGGCAGGCGAUCUCCCUGAAGAAAAAAGGCUGCUUGUACACGCGCACUGUGCAGCACGAGGUUUUCCACGCUCUCGGUUUCCACCACGAGCAGGUCCGCUCAGACAGGGACAGAUACGUCUCCAUCCUCAGCCAGAACAUCAAGCCAGGAAAGGAAUCAAACUUCAGGAAGGUGCAGACUAACAACCUGGGUACUCCCUACGACUUCAACUCUGUCAUGCAUUACAGCAACUACGCCUUCUCCAAAAACAGGAAGCAAACCAUCAUCGCCAGGAAGAAUCCUCACAUGUCCUUCGGCCAAGCUAGGUUCAUGAGCGCUAACGACAUCGCCCGCAUCAACAAGCUUUACCAGUGCUGAUGGUCACGAAGGAAGUAACGGAUCGGCCUCCAGAUACUUCAGUUCCCGGCACAUCGCGCUCAACAAUAUUACUUAAAAGCCCCAGCAUGUCUGAAGCCUCACC